AGCAUAAAAGCAACAAGUUGAAGGGUGCCAAACCAAACACCAAUUGACAGCUUAUGUAGCAUUUUCUAAAGAAAGUUGGUGUUUGUUUGCAAAUCACAUUAAAUUAAAUUAAGUGCUUAUUUGAAUUCACAGUAAAUUUGACAGAAUCACGGUAAAACAGUGUAAUUUUGGUAUAAAAUUUUUACAAAAUAAUGAUAUUAUCGUGAAUUUGUUGAAUUCGUCACCAAUACAGACAGACAUACUUCAUACAGUACUUAGGAUAUGCUUUUGUCUUAACUCUCCGUUUUUAGAAGAAAAUGACUUUGGUAGUGGAAAGUGUGAUAAGAGAAGGUUGAUGAUUGUUCUGAUCAGAAUUUGAAGUGUAUUUUUAUCAAGAUCACCGGUAUUUGGUCUGUUAGAUUGUCUAAUCUGUUUCGAAUGUCAGUUCUGGCAUCAAGUGAUUUCAGCCAUCUUCAGAUCGCAGUUGCAAGGGUCGAACCGUGAUCUUCCCUAUCAAGUACAGCGUUAGUCACCACUAAACUAACUAACUAUCAGAUUUGAUAAUGAGAUAAACUCAUUAAUCACUUGAACUUGAUCUAAUUAAUUGUGUUAUCUUGAAGAAGGGUCCGUUCUACUAUUUGAUUUCAUGAAUGAGUGUCACUAUGAUGUGAGUCUGUCACCAUAACAUACCCACCUUCCUUGUUCCUUUCCAACUCUUUCUAAUCCCACCUUUUCAUUUACUUACCCCAAAAACAAGUUGUGUAUUGCAUAUAGCUGUCUUGAGGGAACAAGGCUCUACAACAUGGGAGUUUGUUUGAGUGCUCAAAUCAAAGCUGAAAGUCCUUAUAACACUGGGUUAAAUUCAAAGAACUCUAAUUCAGCUGGAAAUGAUCUGAGCAGUACAAAUAGUAAGGUUUCAACUGGAUCAGUACCUCAGACUCCUCGAAGCGAGGGUGAGAUCUUGAAAUCAACCAAUGUAAAGAGCUAUACCUUAGCAGAACUUAAGUCGGCCACUAGAAAUUUUCGUCCGGAUAGUGUGUUAGGAGAAGGUGGUUUUGGAUCAGUUUUUAAGGGAUGGAUUGAUGAGAAUUCAUUGGCACCUGCUAAACCUGGUACUGGCAUUGUUAUUGCUGUUAAAAGACUUAAUCAAGAAAGCUUCCAGGGUCACAGGGAGUGGUUGGCUGAAGUCAACUAUCUUGGACAGUUUUCUCAUCCUCAUUUGGUGAGAUUGAUUGGUUAUUGUCUUGAAGAUGAACACCGCCUUCUCGUCUAUGAGUUUAUGCCCCGUGGAAGUUUGGAGAACCACUUGUUCAGGAGAGGCUCGUAUUUUCAACCUCUUUCUUGGAGCCUCCGUCUGAAGGUUGCCCUUGAUGCUGCAAAAGGGCUUGCAUUUCUGCACAGCUCUGAAACGAAAGUGAUAUAUAGAGACUUUAAGACUUCAAAUAUCUUGUUGGAUUCUGAUUAUAACGCAAAGCUUUCUGAUUUCGGGUUGGCAAAGGAUGGUCCAACAGGUGACAAAAGCCACGUCUCUACCCGAGUAAUGGGAACCUAUGGGUACGCGGCUCCUGAAUAUCUAGCCACAGGUCAUCUUACUACUAAGAGUGAUGUUUAUAGUUACGGAGUUGUCCUGCUGGAAAUGUUAUCUGGUAAGAGGGCAGUUGACAAGAAUAGACCAUCUGGACAACACAGCUUGGUGGAAUGGGCUAAACCGUAUCUCGCUAACAAACGUAAGGUUUUCAGUGUGUUAGACAGCCGACUCGAAGGACAAUAUUCAUCAGAUGAGUCCUACAGGGUAGCCACACUUGCUCUGCGAUGCCUAUCAACAGAAUCCAAGUACAGGCCCAACAUGGAUGAAGUUGUUAGAAUAUUGGAGCAGCUCAAGGUUCCUAAUGUGAAUGUAGGCAAUCAAAGGCGUUAUCGGAGAAAAAGUGCUGAUGAUGUUACCCAUGCAAGGACUCACAAAAAAUCUUGUGCGAGUGCGAGAGCUCACACAUCUUAUCCCCGUCCUUCGGCAUCUCCUCUCUAUGCUUGAAAUUGAAGAUCCGCAACCUUCAAACUUGGCAGAACUGAAUGUCCUGUGGCCAGACCAGGGAAAGCACCGUGCAUCAUUCGCUGGCGAUCUUGUUCAUUAAUACAUGAACCUCUUUAGCUAAUAGACUGUACAUAUCAUAUUUCAGCUAAUAUAUUAAGAACCAAGCUUCUCUUAACUUUUCCAGGUGAGAUUUGCUAAUGUUCAACAAUUAAUAUUGAGUGUAUUCUGAUUUCUGAGCUAUGUAGCACCGACACUUCACAUUAAGGCUGUCUGAGAGAUGUCAAGUGUUUAACAUGACACCAACAUAUGUGUGGUUACAUUUACUUUUUCAAUCUUCUCAAAUUAUUGUCAGUAUCAACAUGUCAAUACUGACAACAAUUUGACAUGUCAAUGUUGUGUCCAUGUAUGUGUCUGUGUCAACGCUUCAUAGAUUUUGUUUGAGUUCUGUCAAAUGUUUGUAACUGCUAAAAGUAGUUGGGAACGGAAGAGAAGGUACUUUUGUAUAAUUGCUAUGGUUAGCUCAUUUUUUGUUAUAGUAUUUAUUGGGCUGGUGUGGUUUUUCCUAAUCUAUUUUGUAA